CCUCUAGAAGCUCCAAGUUCCUUAAGUGCACAACCAGAAAUUGGAAUUCUCUGCCCCAAUUGCUGAUGAUUGAUAGAUGACAGCUUUACAGUCUCAUCCUCCCUGAUUCCCCUUUGACCUUCAUCUAUGCAAAGUGAUGAGAGUGCUUCAGUGCUCCUUCUUUUGGAGGUGGCAAGAAAUUCAGUCCUUUUAAGAUCCUGCUCUUGUAUGCGAACCCUCACCCUAACCUCAAUUUUACAAAAAGUCCAGGCAUCUUUCCUUGCUCUCUCAAGUCAUUUCAUGUCCUCUAGAGAGGCCUACCUUGCAUUCCCCACAGUCCUCAACUAUGAAUUAAUAAGCCCUUCAUACACUCUUGGCCAUGUGUGGUGUCCUCAGCUAAAGGAUCCGUAUCCUCAGGGUUUGAGGUAUCAUGCGCCAUUACUCCACGGGGGAGCUUGGGAAUUAGAGAGUUGGGAAUGCAGCCUCAGGGGGCUGGUUGGGAAUCAUUUCCUGCAAUUUGAAGGUGGAAAUUUUAUGUUCUUUUGAAGGAAAGCAUUGCUGAGUCCUUCAUGUGUGUUAUGCUCAUGGGUAAAUUCACCAUCAAACCGUUGUGGCUUUCAAUGAACGCAGUUGCAAUUGGCAGCUCUCAACCUAUUCAUCAAGGUCACCAGGGCACAGGGCACAGUGUUGUUUCUGCCAUAAGAGCACUUCUGGCAUAUUUGUCACUAUGCGUGGCUAUAUGUGCCAAAAAUUGGCUCCAAGCAGCCCUGAGGCACAUGAGUACAGGGAUUUUUGUGGUCUAAGUUGUCAUGUCUUUUUCCUAGUGUCUGAGUUCUAAGUUCCAAUUAACUUUCUAGCCCAUCAAAUUGGACAGAGAGAGAAAGAAACAACUGAGUCUAAUAAAUACUAUGCAAGGCAAAAACCAUGCUUCUUCACAAAAAAUAUUUUUAUUUCACCAGCUGCAUCCGACUUCUUCUAAAGACCUGGAGUACUUAACGUACAAUAUAGACAGCUGCACCUUAUUAAAAGUUGAAUUUCCACUGGUCUCCUGGACUCUCUCACAUUUGGUGAUGGGAAUAGAAGAAAAAACUUCCAAUUCUUUAUUUUUAUUCAUUAAAAUUGUAUGCAGAUUUGACCCUCCCCCUCAUGGAGACCUUUAAAUGGCGAGUAAUAAGAAAGGAAAUGAAAGUUUUUCUCACAAGGACUCAGUGGCCUUUGAGGAUGUGAGUGUGAACUUCACCCUGGAGGAGUGGGCUUUACUGGAUCCUUCACAGAAGAAACUCUAUAGAGAUGUGAUGCAGGAAACUUUCAUGAACCUGGACUCACUAGGCAAAAAAUGGGAAAAGCAUGACAUUGAAGAGCCGUACAAAAACCAGGGAAGAAAAAUAAGAAGUCAAAUGAUAGAAAGACGCUGUGAAAGUAAAGAGGGUAGUCAAUGUGGAGACAAUUCCAGCUUUAUCUCAAAUCUCAGCCUGAGCAAGAAAACUACUGGAAUGAAACCACAUGAAUGCAGUGCAUGUGGAAAAGUCUUCACACAUCUUUUAUCCCUUAAUAGGCACAUGAGCUGUCAUACUGGACACAAACCAUAUGAGUAUCUGAGUUAUGGAGAGAAGCCAUAUAAGUGUAAGGUGUUGCUUUUGUUCCAAAUUGAAGGCAAGACCCUCCACCAGCAAAAAGAUUACGACUCACUUUAUUGCUACACUUGCUUUAAUGUGGUGGUCUGGAACCAAACCUGCAAUAUCUCUGAGGACUCAGUGACCUUUGAGGAUGUGGCUGUGAACUUCACCCUGGAGGAGUGGGCCUUACUGGAUCCUUCACAGAAGAAACUCUACAGAGAUGUGAUGCGGGAAACCUUCAGGAACCUGACCUCAGUAGGUCUGCAUUUAGGAAAAAAGUGGGAAGAUUAUAACAUUGAAAAUCAGUACAAAAUCCAGGGGCGAAAACUAAGAAGUCAUGUGGUAGAAAAACUCCAUGAAAGCAAAGAAGGUAGUCAGUGUCGAGAAACCAUCAGCCAGAUUCUGAAUCUUAACCUGAACAAGAAAACUUCUGAAGUAAAGCUAUGUAAAUGUAGUGUGUGUGGAAAAGUUUUUGUGCGUCAUUCAUCCCUUAAUAGGCACAUCAGAUCUCACACUGGACACAAACCAUAUGAGUAUCACGAAUGUGAAGAGAAGCCAUAUAAAUGUAAAGAAUGUGGAAAAGGCUUCAGUUACCGCAAAUCUGUUCAUAGACAUGAGAGAACUCACACUGGAGAGAAACCCUAUGAAUGUAAGGAAUGUGGGAAAGCCUUCACGUGGCUCACAACCUUUCGAAGACAUAUGAUAACACACACUGGAGAUGCUCCUUAUAAAUGUAAGGAAUGUGGGAAAGCCUUUAGUUGUUCCACUUCACUUCGAACACAUGAAAGAACUCACACUGGAGAGAAACCGUAUGAAUGUAAACAGUGUGGUAAAUCCCUCAGAUCUCCUCUAGGUUUGCGAAUACAUGAAAGAAACCACACUGGAGAAAAACCCUAUGAAUGUAAGCAGUGUGGUAAAGCCCUCAGUUGUCCCAGUUCCUUUCGAAGACAUGAAAGAACUCACACUGCAGAGAAACAAUACGAAUGUAAACAGUGUGAAAAAACCUUCAGCUCUCCUCUAGGUUUAAGAAUACAUGAAAGAAUUCACACUGGUGAGAAACCCUAUGAAUGUAAGGAAUGUGGUAAAGCCUUCAUUUCUCUUUCGAGCAUUCGAACACACAUGGUAACACACACAGGAGAUGGACCUUAUAAAUGUAAGGAAUGUGGGAAAGCAUUCAUCUGUCCCAGUUCUUUUCGAUCACAUGAAAGGACUCACACUGGAGAGAAGCCAUAUGAAUGUAAGCAGUGUGGUAAAACCUUCAGUUGGCCCAGUUCCUUUCGAAUACAUGAAAGAAUACAUACUGGAGAGAAACCUUAUAAAUGUGUGGAAUGUGGGAAGACCUUCAUUUAUCGUACAACCUUUCAAGGACACAUGAGAAAGCACAGUGGAGAGAAACCCUAUAAAUGUAAAGAAUGUGGGAAAGCCUUCAUUUCUCCUUCAAGUGUUCGAACACACAUGAUAAUGCAUACCGGAGAAGGACCUUAUAAAUGUAAGGAAUGUGGGAAAGCCUUCAAUUUUCCCAGUUCAUUUCGAAUACAUGAAAGAACUCACACUGGAGAGAAGCCCUAUGAAUGUAAGGAAUGUGGUAGAGCCUUCAGUUGUUACACAUCCUUUCGAACACAUGAAAAAACCCAUACUGGAGAGAAACCCUUUGAAUGUAAAGAAUGUGGAAAAGCCUUCGUUUAUCGCACUACCUUUCGAGGACACGUAAGAACGCACACUGGCGAGAAACCAUACAAAUGUAAACAAUGUGGGAAAGCCUUCAGUCGUCCCCAUUCUUUUAGAAGACAUGAAAGAUCUCAUACAGAUAAAGACCUUGAAUGUAAGCAAAAUGAAAAGGACAUCAGUUGGCCUUCAUCCUUAUGUGUGAAAACUCCCACUGAAAUGAAAUCCUAUAAAUACAAGUAAUAUGAGAAAACCCAAUACAAAUUAAUCCAUGUAUAAAGUUCCAGAAAACUGUAACAUGAAAGUCAUUAUAAAAGUUAUAAAUGUAUUGUCUUUAUCAGUGCCUCAUUCUUAAAAGUGGAUCUCUGAACUGUGGGUAUUUACUACUUCCAAAAAUGAACAGUGAGGUAAUACUCUUUAUGCAAUACUACAUAGGGUUUAUAGGUAUUUUUUCCUUAAAUCACUUAAUAAUAUUUUUCUUUCUAUUUUGGAGCCUGUUUGAUAUACAGGUGAAUUGAAGUGUAUUUCUAAUAUGCAAGAAACUUUAAUUUUUGUGUUUCAGUUGUUUUGUAAGGGGUUAUUGACAAAUGAUAUUUUAAUAUUUGUUGGGAUUUUUCUACUGGCCUCCUGUGCCAGGUAUUGGAUAUCCUAUAUGUAUUCCUUCUUUCUUAUGAGAAAACCUACUAUUUUGUUGUGGCCAGAAAACCUUUAAUUCCAUUUUUUUUGGUAAUAAAAGAUGGCAUAAAUUUGUAAAUAUGCAAAUUUUAUCAUAUAAUCUUGUGAAUGAUAGUUGACCCUUGAACAAUACAGGGGUUAGGGACACUGACCUCCUAUGCAGUUGAAGAUCUGAGUAUAACUACAGUCAGCUGUCCACAUACAUGGAUCCCCAAUCCCAGAGUUGACGUUUGGAUUGCUGUUAUUGAACAAUGAAAUGUAGAAUUGGUUCUCCUAAAUUGUUUUGUCACCUGGGUAAUAUGACAAUUUUUAGAAUCUUUUCCUUUUAUGGUUUCAUUUUAGAAUUCACCUGUAGCUUCAUUUGCUUGAGAUUUGGAAUGCAGAAGUAUAGAAGGCAUUAAUCAGGUUUUGGAGCCGCCAUAUGGGGAGGGAGACAGGUGCACAAGAAUUGAGGACACCUGCUUCCAGCCAGUUUUCCUGAUUCCUUGCUCUGGCAAUCAAGAGUAUCCUCAAAACCACAAUCAACUGCUUGACUUCCAUUUUCUCAAAGGUGUAGGUUUCCACAUGUACCUUCAGAAGUUCCACAUCAAAGGUCCAUCACUGUUUGGAUUUUCUUGCAAUCUUCCAUAUGUCUCCUAGGUAACUUAUUUGAGCUAUGAUGGUUUGGAGUAUUUUCUGAUGCUUGCACUUCCAUCUUUCCUAGAUUGUAUUCAUAUAAGGUCUAAUUUGUACAGUAAACACCUUGUUCUGGUAAUACUGUUAGGGACCACGUGUUGCUGACCCCACUAUGAUAGCAGCAAUGGUGCUGUCCAAACGAAGCACAUUGGAGUUUGUUCCUCUGCUACACUGUGCGGUGACUGCUCUGACCCACUCCUUCCAGGCGAGAAUCAGCACCUUCCUCAUAUCAGGCAGAUUAUAAAUGUUUCCCAUUGCUCACAGCUGUACAUCAGUGUGCAGCACAUUUUCGAUUAUGUGUGUUUGUGGUUAAAAACAAGGUAUUUUUGUCAAAUAAAAUCUGUAGUUCUUAGAAAUAUUUUAGUGUUUUUAUACAAUUUGUAUAUAAUAGUUAUUGUGAUUUUUAUUUCCUGAGCACAUACAUUAAAAUAUCCCCUUGUAAUUAUG